AUGGGACCCUACCUACGCCGAGUUAUCUCCAAUGAUAUUUCCCCUCAAGGAAAACAACAAAGCGGACCCAGCCCGCUCAGACAAUCCCGUCAGGAAAUCCCAGGACAUUGCAAUAUUCGACAGAAUAGAAAGUCAUGGAGCCAGUCAUGCAUACAUACCCCAGAAUUAAGGAGCCAAGGAGCCAGCCAUAAGGAUCUUUCCUUUAUGCCAGUGCCAGGAAUCAGUGUCUCAGAGUCGACAGUACCAGUCUGUCUCUUUGAAUUACAUUGUGAAAAUAUUACAAGCCCUGGAUUUUGCAUGCUCUUUAUCAAAUAG